UUUAAACCAAUUUACAGUACUUAAUCAGAUGUUAUGAUGAAUUAGAAUACCAAUGGGAAAAUAAGAAAAACAUAUUACUUACAUAAUACAAUAUCAUUAAAAUCAGUGUAAUAAAAAUGGAAGAAGUGGAUUCAAUUAUUCUGCACUUUCUGCGACAGUUAAAUAUAGACAUAAAUGAAGGUAUUAAAAAUAUUAGUGAGUUACCAGUUGAGUUAAUAGUAGAAUCAGCUAUUAAAUGUAUAGCAGCAAUAAAUCCAGGUAUAAAAGUACCAGCUAAACUUCCUUCUGGAGUAUCACAAAGAAUUGAAGUUGCAGCACAAGUUGCAUCUAUAUGUAAGGAUCUGUCUUACCAGAAUGAUGUUGGUUAUCAAACAUUCCUCUAUCAUAAUGAAACAGAAUUAAGACAAGUCUUUAUGUUUUUGAUAGAAAAACUACCAAGUGAAGAUAAGAAACUUACCACAAAAGUUAAACCUAUAAAUGAAAAACAUCAGUUAUUGCAGGGAAUAAGUAACAAAAUUACAGAGGAUCUCAAUGCUAUCUGGAUUCCACCAUGUUGUGAGCCUUCUUUACAAAGCAAUCUAGGAGAUUUUGUUUAUGAUCCAGCAUAUUUGAAAGAUUCUAAAAUAUGUUUCGAUGAAAUUUCUGAAAAAAUUAUGAAAAUCAAUGAAAUCAGAACUCUACCAGUGUCUAAAGUUACUGAUGAUUUAAAUACUUUUGAAGAUAAUAAUACAGUUACUAAACAUGAAUCUGACAAGACUUUAAAAGAAUUAAAAGAAAUGUCAAUUUUACUACGCCAAAAAUUAGACACUCUAGAAAGUGAAAGAAAUGUAAUGGAUGUUGAAUUUUCCCAGGCACAAAAAAAUUGUGAGCGUUCUGAUGCUGAUUUAAGAAAUAUGCAAAAUAUACUAACUUCAGUUGGUAUAACUGAUUUUGAGCCUGAUGGAAUAGAUAAUAUAUUAGAGAAAGUACACAAAAACAUACAGAAGCUGCACAGGAAAAGUGAAGAUAUAACUUCAGAAAAUCUGGCUCUCAAAGUAGAAAUUGAUAAAGUAAAAACUAAAAAUAGUUUAUCAGAAUCUGCUCAAACUAAGUGUAGAAACACCCUAAUGAACUUAAAGGAAGUCGCUAAAGGUAUGAAAGAAGAAUGUGAGCAAAAAGAAGAAUUAAAAAAUCAGUUAAAACUAAAAUACGAAAAACUAAAAGGAGGGAAUAAAAGGCAUAUUUAUACUAAACGAAUUUUAGAAAUAAUCGGAAAUGUAGAUAAACAAAAUGCUGAAAUCAAAAAAAUAUUAGAGGAUACUAGACAACUUCAAAAAGAAAUAAAUACUCUUGAAGGCCAACUUGAUAGAUGUUUCUCAAUUGCCGAUGAAACUUUGUUUAAAGAUGCUAAGAGAGAUGAUCAAGCCAAGAAAGCCUAUAAACUAUUAGCUUUGCUGCAUUCCGAAUGUAACACAAUUGUGUCAUUAGUUAAUGAAACUGGCAUUUUAUCAAGAGAUAUAAUAGACUUAGAAGACAAUAUCAAAGCAGAAAAAUGUAAAAGAACUGAAGACAUUCUCAAGAAAAUUCAAAUUGAUCUUGCAAGACUGCAAAAGGAAACUUCUUAAUUAAUGAAUAUUAUUUUAUUAUAUUUACAUUAAAAACAAGUUUAAAAUACUA